UCAUCUUUUGUUUAAGUCGAGUAGGUCAACCAAGAACUGUCAAAAUUUCAAAAUAAUAGAGCAUAAACCGGAAACUUUGGUCAUAUCACAUCUAAAACUCUGAAAAAUGCACAAACCAGCUGUAAGGGAACGUAAACCUAGGAUUACAUUCUAUCCUAAGACUUUACCUCUAUCAAGAAGAUUUUCAAGUUCGACAAGUUCCGACAGUGAGCCAAGUUGUUCACAAAAAUAUUUAAAAAACGUACAAAUCAAUAGGAUCUCAGCUGAAACUCUGGGUCCAAAUCCCAUUUGCUUUAGUGUCCAAUAUCGUAGUCCUAGUCAUUCCGAAAAGGGUUACGAUGCGGAUACCGAUGAUCUAUGUGAUGAUGAAGAUGAUGAUGAAGGGGAUAAUACCACAAUCACGAGUCAGCAGAAUUGUAUCCCAUCAAGCUCAAGUCCUUUGAAAAAUUUUGUACUCCCAGAUUCGAUUCCAUCUCAUAGAUUUGGUGGAUUUCUAAAUGUCCUCUCUCGCAGUUUGUAUCAAUCAUUGGCCAGGAUUGCGACUGGGAUUGGAUUGAGACAUCAGCAAACUGCAUGGUACAAGAACUGCUGGCAAAGUCCUGGUUCCAAGCCAAAAAGUGUCCAUCUUAUGGAUCCAUCCGCGCCCAAAUUGGUUGCGCCAAAACAUCAAAACAGCGACAGUUCCACAACUAAUUAAUAUCGUUUACAUUUAGCCCCGAAUUGCAAUAGUCUGUAAAAUAGAUGUUCAAAAAUAUAAUCUCAAAC